CGGGCUUGUUUUCGGCGGUGACGCGGCGGAGCAGCCGGCCGAGCGGCAAAUGAGUCAGCAGCGCCGAGAGCGUCGCUUUUUCUCAUGAGGCACUAAAACUAGUUAUACUAGUGAAACUUUACGCUUUGGUUAACAGAUUAUCAGUGAAAAUGGCAGUACCCGCAGCCCAGAAUCUGCAGCUGAACGCGGGGAGGAGAAGCAGCCCUGUGAGCGCUUCUGAAAAUAACAUUCACAUCGACGAGAGAGAACUGGAGAACCUCACAAACAACGUCGAGGACGGCACUUCACUCCCACUACACUCUCCAUGGACCUUCUGGCUCGAUAGGUCCUUACCAGGGACAACAGCAGCAGAGUGUGAAUCUAAUCUAAAAAAGAUCUACACGGUACACACUGUUCAGAGUUUUUGGAGUGUGUACAACAACAUCCCUCCGGUGUCAUGCCUCCCACUGAGGUGUAGCUACCACUUAAUGCGAGGAGAAAGAAGACCACUAUGGGAGGAAGAAAGUAAUGCAAAGGGAGGUGUGUGGAAGAUGAAAGUACCAAAGGAGAGCACAUUAGCCGUAUGGAAAGAGUUACUGCUGGCUACUAUCGGUGAACAGUUUACUGACUAUUGUGCAUCAGAAGAUGAAGUUGUUGGUGUAAGUGUCAGUGUGCGAGACAGAGAGGACGUGGUCCAGGUCUGGAAUGGAAAUGCAUCUUUUGCUAAUGAGGCAAACAUUUUAGGGAGAAUCUACGAGCUCCUUCCACAGAUAUCUUUUAAAGCAGUAUUUUAUAAACCGCACGAGGAGCACCAUGCAUUUGAAGGUGGUCGUUCCCGGCAUUAGCAGACUUUGCACAUUCGGUGUCUUUCCUCUCACUGUCUCGUUCUUUGACUGUCUGUAGAAAAUGGACUGGAAAAAAAUUCUCACACCUAAUCAGAAGUGUUUAACUGCUUUUCCUUGCAGGAACUGAAAUAGAUUAUGUUACAGAUCAGUUCCUAUUUUAGGUAUUUUAAACUUAAGCUGCAGAAAAUCUUUGUGGCUAAUCACUGAAAUGUGGUCCUGGCUGAAAACUUUGUCAAAAGAAAAUAUUAGGCAAUAUCUAUACAGUUCACAUGAAAAUGGAAAAUGUUUUUAUCACAAUAGAUCAACGUUGCCAACUUAAUUUUUCUUUUUUUUUCACUUAAAUGUUACCCAGUGACAUAAUUGCUGCUUUUCCCUCGUGUUAUAAACAUGACACUUCCUCAACCACAAACUUCUGUCGCCUCUUAGGUUAGAGAAUAGUACCUGAGCUUUUAUAUGUUUUAUGCAGACGUUGCACAUUUUUUGAGAUUUUGCUUCAACCUUGACAUGUAAUCCACCUACUUUUUGUCUUUUUGUCUAUUCCUAUGUUGUUUUUUCUUUUCAGGCACCUUUCUGUUAAUUGAGUUUAAAAUUAAUUGUAACAUUUUGUAUUUACAUAAUUCUAGUCUUUGUCAGUAGUCCUGUGUGGGAGUUUGGUGUGUAAUGCAGUUAGAAUAUUUUAUAGUUGAAACGACUAAUCUAGAACAUGGACAAUUUUGUAGUAAUUUAUGCACUUAUUUAACAGCCCUCUCUUUAGCCAUACUGUAUGAAUAAUGAUGUUCUGAGUUUAGUUUGGUGCAUCAUUGAUCAAACUGACCAAUACCUGUGUAAACGUUUAAAUGAAUUGAA